GUAAUGAAAGGAAGAAAUAUACAAGUUUUUGUAGUUUUCUCUAUUUUGAUUUAUGCUUCAAACUCAUUAGAAGCUACAACCUAUAUGUAUAUCCUUGCUUAAGAAUGGGUUGGAUCUGUUUGCAAGGUUGAACCAAGUUGUCCAUAUAUGGGAAAAUAUGAUGGACAACGUUGGAAUAUGCAUGGUUUAUGGCCUAAUACUUAACUAACCUCAUCUUGUGGAUCAAUCCAAUAUUGCAGAACAGAUCCAUAUGAUUCUUCUAAAAUAUAUAAAAAUACUAAGGAUUUAUUAGAUGUUGUUUGGAAUGGCUUAUAUUCAGACACUGAAACUUUUAGAGGGUAUAUAUAUAAAUAUAUAUUAUAUGAAGAUAUGAAUGGGAAAAACAUGGUACAUGCUAUCCUGGAGAAGUUUCAUAGAAUUAUUUCUUUUAGACAGCAGCAGGAUUAGCAUAAAAAUACAACUAUUAUUCAAUUUUGGCUAAAGCUGGAAUUUAUCCUGACAAUAGUAGAUAAUUAUUUGAAUCAGAUAUAAGAAAUGCCUUUGCAGCAGUUUUAGGUACAAAUGUUAAAAUUACCUUUUCUUGUUUUAAAGAUUGUAUUUAUUAAUUUAAUUGUUCAUAGAAGUGACUGGGAAAUUUUUAUUAGGAUAAUUAAAAAUUUGUUUUGAUGAGUAAUUAUAAAUUAGAACUUGUAAUUGUAAAUUGAAUGAUGAAGAGAAUGAUAUAGAUGAACAAUAGAAUGAUUCAUAAUUUUAAGCUUAACCAUUAGUUUCAUGUGGUUCUGUAUUCUACUAUCCAGAGUUGUGA